GGUUUGCUGUCGAGCUGCAACAACCGGGGUGCAAAGUGGUCGUAAUUUACAAGAUGGAACGGCGGAGAACAUAAUGAACGGAGAGGCUUCGUUUUCUCAAGUGGGAUGCGGCCUCUGGAAUAGGACGUAUGCCCCAGCACAGCCGUACCCUGCGGGCAGUGGAAGAACCUACUUCGCGGAGUUUCCAUGGAUGGUUGCCCUCCUAACGGUGCAGUCGGAUGGCAAGUACAUGUUCCAAUGCGGUGGAUCGCUGAUCACCAAUAAAGCUGUCCUAACAGCCGCUCAUUGCGUCAACAACCUGAGCAACAAUAGAUUGGUGGCGCGCAUCGGUCAGCUAGACUUGGAAAAAGGACCCAAAGCUCAACCAGCGCCCUAUCAAGAUGCCAACGUUAGGGUUGCUGUGACCCACCCUUCAUUUUACAGCGCAGCUCUGUUCAAUGACAUCGCAGUGCUCAUUUUAGACAAACCAAUCAAUCAAAGCAUCAACGCUGUUCCCAUUUGCAUACCGCAACAGGGAUUGAUUUUUCCUGAUGGCACCCAGUGUAUCGGGACAGGCUGGGGAAAGAACUCUUUUGGUGGUGCGUACCAGACCGAGCUGAGGAAGGUGGAGAUUCCCAUUGUAAGCAGGGCCGAUUGUCAAAGUCGACUUAGGACCACGAAAUUGGGCCCAUAUUUUCAGCUGCAUGGCUCGUUUUUGUGCGCCGGGGGGCAAGUAAAUAAGGACACGUGUCAAGGGGACGGUGGGGGUCCUUUGGUCUGUCCGACGGCCACCGGCCAAUUCUUUCAGGCUGGCAUCGUGUCUUGGGGGAUCGGUUGCGGCACGUCGAAUGUACCCGCUGUUUAUACAAACGUCGCUCAGUAUACACAGUGGAUCGAUCAACAACUGGCAACUUACGGAGCGUGACAGUACGUUCUCAAAUUCUUGUUCGAUCUGGUUCUUUAUACAAACGUGUACAUUUUAAAAUCGCAAUUUAUGUGUAAGGAACUUGGAGUUAGAAUGAUUUAAUAUUGACAGUACCUGUUCACUUCAAAUGAGCUAGGAAAGCGACGGUGGAGAAGGAAAAUAUUCCUUGCAAAAUUUUUAGCGAGAUACAAUAACCGAUAUUUUUUAAAGCGAUCUACUUCGACGACGAACUGCAAAUAAAAUGAAUAUUUUUUAACCUUUCCCUUUUUUUUUAAUCCACUCUCCGAUUGGUGAAUUUUUGGUA